UGCUAUGUUUUAAAGAGAGAGAAAACAAAUGUCAAAUAGUGCGCUGACAUCAUCCUAAUAUUUAAUGUUUUUUUAUAUAACUUAUACAUCCCAACGACUUUGAUAAUUUUAAUAACAGUGCAAAGAAGAGGUCAAACAACAAUUUAAAUCAAUGCAGUAAACAAUUGAAGAUAGAAGAAGUUGGGAAAAUAUCUGUGAAAAAGUUGACUCAAGCUGAAUUUGAUGCUGCAAAUUUGCAGCUUAUAGUUAGUACGGUGUCUCCUUUUUCUUUUAUAGAGCACCCUGCAUUUUUAAGAUACUGUAAAAUUACUAACAAUAAAGUUCCUGUUUCAAGAAGAACAUUAAUGCGCAAUGUUCAAUGCAUUUAUGAACAAAUUAUUUCACAACUAGUAAAUGACUUGGAAAACAUAAAAUAUGUGUGCUUAAGAGCUGAUUGUUGGAGUAUAUUUCACAGAUCAUACCUAGGCUUUACUGUACAUUGGAUUGAUCCUCAAACGUUACAUCGACAUUCUAAAGGACUUGCUUGCAGAAGAAUGAUUGGUAGACAUAUAUAUGAUAAUAUUGCAGAAGCUAUUGAUAAAAUACGGCACAUGUUUAACGCUUAUUUAGUGCUGGAGGGCAACUAUAUGAUAAAAGGAGAGGAUCUAUGUGUGAUAAAAAUUUUGAGAUGUCUCUUUUGCUAAAGUUCAAUAAGUUUUUUGAUGAUUAAUUGUAAAUCCAUCCACUUAAAUUACUAUUUAGUUUGUUUUUGUUAACACAAG